AUGGCGAUCCAAGGGCAGGCACUAUGCAUCUUGAUGACCGUCACCUGCGGACUGUCGUAUCUUCUCUAUGGAUACGACCAGGGCUUCAUGUCCGGUGUUCUUCUCGUUGACGACUAUCUUAUAACUAUGGGAAACCCGUCCUCCAUGAUGCAGGGCCUUCUUUCCAGUCUGUACACGCUUGGGUGUUUCUUUGGAAGCAUUGGGAGCAUGCUCUUCAGUGAGCGGCUCGGCCGCAGGAACCCAAUCUUGAUCGGCACUGUCUUCAUCUUGAUAGGUGCUACCAUCCAGAUGUCCUCCUACUCCCGUGCCCAGUUCCUCGUCGGCAGAAUUGUUGCUGGACUGGGAACUGGCCUUAACACCUCGUUGAUUCCAGUGUGGCAGGCCGAGACACUGCCAGCCCGCAAACGAGAGAAAUUUGGUGCUUUGCAAUACGUGCUCGUUUGCACCGGAGCUUCCAUCAGCUACUGGAUGAGUUAUGCACUGUCUUUCUCCUCUAAUCAGCCAUUUGAGUGGAGAUUUGCCGUUGCAGCCCAGUGUGUUUUCGGGGUCCUUCUCUUGGUAAUCGUUCCCUGGAUGCCAGAAUCUCCCCGCUGGCUGUUCAUACAUAAUCGGGCCGACGAAGCUCUUGCUAUAAUCAUGAAAAUGCACGGGACGAGCAAUGUCGAUGACGAGGAAGUGCAAACAGAAAUCAAGGUAAUCAACCAAGCAAUUGAGGUGGAGGAGCGCAAUGGGGCGAGUAAAUGGAUCCAUCUUUUCAAGAACGAAAAGGAAACCCAGAACCUCCGCAGAGUCAUGCUGGGCUGGUGGCUUAUGUUCAUGGUCAUGUGGUCUGGCGUUUGCAGCAUUGGAUACUACAUUUCUUAUCUAUUCGAAACCUCAGUCGGCCUUAGCCACAACUUGUCAUUGUUGCUGUCUGGUUUCAAUGGCUUAUGGUACUUAAUCUCCGCUUUGAUCCCCUUCGUCAUUAUAAAUCGCCUCGGCAAGCGCUGGUGUCUCAUGAUCGGCGCAUUUGGCAUGGGCUGCUGUUUCCUUACCAUGUCCCUGACCAUUCGCUCCGGCACAUAUGCCGCUUCCAUUGUUUGCGUGAUAGCAUUCUUCCUAUACUACACCUUCUUCGCCUUGGGUUUCCUCGCCAUCCCGUGGCUAUACAAUGCCGAGAUUCUCCCUCUCCCUCUACGUUCACGGGGUAAUGCCAUAACUACUUCCUCGAACUGGAUUUGGAACUUCGUGACUGUUAUGAUCACGCCAUCUGUUAUGAGCGGACAAGGCUGGAAGGGAUACUUGAUCUUCACCGUCUUCAAUUUCUGCUUCAUUCCGUUCAUCUAUUUGUUCUACCCUGAGACUACAGGUAGGCGACUGGAAGAGAUCGAUGCGAUCUUCUACAAGACGAGUCCAAUUGUUGCAGGCACGGAGUGGGUAAGCAAGGGCAGGUUUGAGACUGAUCAUUUGGAUCGGAUGGUAGAAAAUAUCGAGAGUGCAAAGGCUGAGACGAUCUAUGUGGAGGACCUUUCUACGAUUUGA